UUGAAACUGUACAUACGCUCCUGUAGGAAUCAACACGCCACCGAGCAAAGGUACCCCCCAGUAGCAGAAAUCCUGCACUGUGUAUUUUUCAAUGGGAAGAUACACGACCACAAGCACAAGGUCAAGUGGACGAUGUGGCCCUCAGCACGAUCUGCAAUCUGCUCCUCUUGUGGGAUUCGAUUCGUCAAAAGCAGUGUCCGAGGCCAAGGCAGACUCAUACUUUGUCUUCUGAUUUUGAUGUUGUUGACUUCACUCAUUGUUUCAUUUGCCUACACGGUGGGCGAGAGCAGUGUUGUUGGAACAUCACUAGGAAGUUUACACCACCAGCUUUUUUACAGCAAAAAAAAUUCAAGAGAGCUGAGAGAAUGCCAUUUUGCUUUCAAUGACACUUCAAAAGGACCAAUAGAAGCUGACACUGUGUCUGUGCCUGGCAUCCAUGAACUUGAAGAGAUGUUGGGUCCUGAUUUAAUGCCUGGUGGCCACUUUGUACCAAGGUUAUGCAGGUCAAAGACGAAGGUGGCUAUAAUCAUUCCAUUCAGAGAUCGCCGGAUCCAUCUAAAGAUAUUUCUGCGACAUAUGCACCCAUUUUUGCAACGGCAGAAUGUGGAGUAUGGAAUUUUUGUAGUUGAACAAGAAGGAGUUACCCCAUUUAACAGAGCCAUUCUGCUAAACAUCGGUUAUGUGGAGUCUGAAAUGCUGCACCACUAUGACUGUUUUAUCUUCCAUGAUGUUGACUUGCUUCCAUUAGAUGAUCGAAAUAUAUACGCCUGCUCAGAAAAUCCCGUCCAUCUAAGUGCUUCCAUAGAUACACAUGAUUUCAAACUGAUGUACAACAACCUAUUUGGUGGAGUCUCUGCACUAACCAAAGAAAUGAUGCUGAAGGUCAAUGGGUUCUCUAACAUAUACUUUGGCUGGGGAGGUGAAGACGAUGAUAUGUCAUACAGAGUGAGAAGUCAUGGUAUGGAUAUCGAACGGUACAUUCCAGAGGUUGCCAGGUACACAAUGAUGAAGCAUGCCAAGGCAGAUGGACCAAGCAGAUACCGACUGUUCGCUUCAAGUCGUGAUCGGAUUCACUCUGAUGGCAUAAAUACUUUGAAGUACGAAAGAAUAGACAUACAGCUGUUGCCUCUGUACACAUGGAUAUUAGUCAGGAUAAAUGAAUCAGAAAUACUGGAACCCUUUGGGUUAUAGUAUACAUAAGGAAGUACUAAAAGUAGGCUACUUGGAGGAGGGACUUACAUUCCGAUGUAAAUGAGAUGGAAUAAAGCUGGAUAGAGGUGGAGACUUUAGCCAAGAACAAAAUUACAAGGAGAACUCUUAUUGGUGGCCUAUACUCUUGCAAAGAGUGAGAAAAGCUGAUGGUAAUGAAAUAGAUUACAGAAGUUUAAUGUUCCCAUAAACACAGUUUAGAUCAUUUAGAAGGCAGAAUGAUAACGAUAUACUUAAGGUAAUUAAUUUUUGUGUGUGGGCCUAUUGACUGGAGUGAAAGUGAAAGUUAAUCUGACAGAUCUGAGAGAACACCCGAAGGUGACUACAUUUACCCUUCUGUGCACUGAAAGCACAUCUGCCUCAGCGUAUUGUGGUGUGUAUUAUAUUUCAGCCAAGGUGCAGAAACCUGGGUGCACAGGUCCAGUAAGGUCAAGGGGACCGUGCCCAAAGAGUUAGUACAAUGUAUCUCUGUAUAAAGCUUCUUACAAACUAAAAAAAAGCGUCUGUAUAAAUUUUGUUAAACAGUGAAAAAUGCUUUCUGCAUAAAGCUUUUUACUAAUUGAAAAAUGCUAUCUUUAUAAAAACAUUUUACAAAAUGAAAAACAAAAAAUGAAACGGAAUGUUGUAUCAUGCUGUGCCUUUUGUGCUCAUUUAUCUUGUGAUAACUUCAGUUUUGUUCCUGAACUUCCAGUUUGUACUCUGCUUUAUUGCCUUAAUAUCAGAUAUGCACAUAAUUUUCUUUAUCCUGAAAAAUAUAUAUGUAAUAAGAUUUAUAAGAUAAGAUGAGCAACAGCCCUCUUUAUUAAUCCUCUACAAGAAGAAAUUAACAGUGUCCAGUAUGGUGUAGUUGGAAAGAAAAAAGGAGGGGUGUUGGCAAUUACAGUUUAGCAUGCACAUUGUGAAAAUGUAGAGCUCGAUUUGAACACAUUUUCAUGUAUGCACAUUUGAAAUAUAAAGAAUAUAUAUAUUUAUUUUAAAAAACUCUGGGACCU